UCCUUACUGUUCUUGAAAUCCUACCCUAAAGUUUCCUUCUUGGUGUCAUGCCUUUACUUUUAUCUUUAUCUUUACCUUUACCAGAGAAUUGUUACCCGUAAUUCUAUGUUUCUUCGCCAUAACUCCAGUUCAAGGUUUUUCUGUUUCUGUUCUGAGAUCGAUGAAGGUUAGCUUGAGACCGUUCAUUUCCCCUGUUGCUCCCAACCUCUUUCUCCGCACAGCAUGCUGUUCUAUAGGGCUUGCGCUUCCCGUGUAUUCCACUUUUAAAGCUAUUGAGGACAAUGAUCCAUAUCAGCAACAGAGAUGGCUAUUGUAUUGGGCAGCUUAUGGAUCUUUCAGUGCUGCAGAAAUGUUUACCGAAAAAAUAUUUUCCUGGAUUCCAUUCUAUUACCAUGCAAAGUUUGCAUUUCUUCUUUGGCUACAACUUCCCACUCUCAAUGGUGCAAGACAAUUGUAUUCCACUCACUUGCGUCCAUUCCUGUUGAAGCAUCAAGCUAGAAUGGAUGUGAUUGUUGAAUUUGUGUAUGGUGUAAUGAGUAAACUUAUUCGUGAUCACCAAACUGAAUUACAGCUUGCAAGAACUCUAGCAGUGAAGUUUCUAAUGACAGGAACUCAGAUGAUCAGGGAUCUCAUUCAUCCAGUUGGGAGGGAGUCUAAUAACAUUGAACCCCAAAAGAGACAGGUUCAGGAUUCAGAAUCAGAAGAUUAGUGCAUUUCUCUUUACCUGUAUUGGACAAAAAUACGUUGGGUUUAUGAUUUGCACAUGGGCUACAGAAUUUUGCAUUAUUAGUUCUGCAAAAUUGUUUAGUCAUAUUUAUUUUCUUGAUUUUCACUAGCUGUUCUUAGAAAAUAGGCAUAUUUGAUGUAAAUACUGAUUUUCACAGCAAUUGUUGUCUUGGGAGUAAUAUACACAGCUAGGGUCACGUUUAUGUUUGUUGA